AAGCUUUGCCGGGGGCGGGCGCCAGCCACUCCAGCGGCUGCGAGCUCUGUGCGAGGUGUUCCUGCCACGGCCUCCCGCGUCCGCCACGGGGAUUGGGCGCUCCCAUCCGGUGUAUCAUGAAUCCCAAUAUGAAGCAGAAACAUGAAGAAAUCAAAGAGAACAUAAAGAAUAGUCCUGUCCCAAGAAGGACUCUGAAGAUGAUUCAGCCUUCUGCAGCCGGAGCUCUCGUUGGAAGAGAAAAUGAGUUGGUUAAAGACUUGUCCAAAAGGAAACAUUGGAACGACCAGUUAACAUCUAAGAAUUCCAGCGCUGGAGUUGUCAUUGUCCCAGAACAUAGUGAAAAUAAAGAUUUUAGUGGAGUUACUCAGGAAGCAUUUGAUCUUAUGAUUGCAGAAAACCCGUCCUCUCAAUAUUGGAAAGAAGUGGCAGAGAAACGGAGGAAGGCUCUCUAUGAAGCACUUAAGGAAAAUGAGAAACUUCAUAAAGAGAUUGAAGAGAAGGACAAUGAAAUUGCCCGCCUGAAAAAGGAAAAUAAAGAAUUGGCGGAAGUAGCAGAACACGUACAGUAUAUGGCAGAGGUAAUAGAGAGACUGCAUGAUGGACCUCUGGAUAACUUCGAAUCACCAAAUAGUCAGGAAUUUGAUUCUGAAGAGGAAACUGGUGAGGACUCUGAAGUGGAAGAUUCAGAAAUCGGUACAUGUGCUGAAGUUGUAUCUUCCUCUACAGAUGCAAAACCACAUGUGUGAAAUUCUCUAAUGUUUGACUCUCGAGAAAUAUACUGCCAAAGUUUGCCUCCACUAUAGUUCUUUGUAGCAGAACAGACAAAUGUAUAAUGCAAAGUUGGAAUCAAAGUUCCUUGUGUGAAUCCUGGGACCCUGUUGUAUUAAAAUAACAAAUACUAUGUAUUUUUAAUCUACGAUGUUUUAUGUAAAUAGCAUUUUCUCAGAUGUCAGACACCACUUGUGUAUAUGAUAAAUAAACUUCAGUCUC